AAUAUCGGAUCUAAAGACACCCGGUUAUAUAAUAAAAGAGAAGGCGAGAGAGAAGCAGAUUGGAAUUGGGCCUUUCUGUGUCUUCCUACUCGAUCACAGGCCUAAGUAGAUGAAAAGAAGUCCACCGAGAUUAAAGGGACGCGCUGCUGUCCUAAUCGAUGAUGCCUGAUCUGGGGAUCGGUAGUUGAUGUGUGCGGGCUGGGCCUCCGCGCAGGGCCGCCGCGUGGUCUGUCUGGCUUGCCGGAGCCCGGAGGGAAGGGAGCGGGGUCCCAGCCCGGUGCGGUCUAAGGGUGAGCUGCCUCUUUCUGUGAACCUCAGGGACCGGAGCUCUGAAGAGGGGGUUGUCUGACUGUUACCCCGAGCGUUUCUGUGGGCAAGCUCGGUGUGCAGCCCCGCGAUGGCCCAGCUCCAGGCACGCUUCUUCACCGACAACACCAAAUAUGCAAUAGACGAUGUUCCCUUCUCAAUCCCUGCAGCUUCUGAAAUUGCUGACCUUAGUAACAUCAUUAAUAAGUUGCUGGAGGCUAAAAAUGAGUUCCACAAACAUGUGGAGUUUGAUUUCCUUGUCAAGGGCCAGUUUCUACGAAUGCCCUUACUCAAACAUAUGGAACUGGAAAACAUCUCGUCGGAAGAGGUUGUGGUACUAGAAUACGUGGAGAAGUACACUGCACCUCAGCCAGAGCAAUGCUUAUUCCAUGAUGACUGGAUCAGCUCAAUCCAAGGGGCAGAGGAAUGGAUCUUGACUGGUUCUUAUGAUAAGACUUCUCGGAUCUGGACCUUGGGAGGAAAGUCGAUAAUGACGAUUGUGGGACAUACAGACGUCGUAAAAGAUGUGGCCUGGGUGAAAAGAGACAACCUGUCUUGCCUACUGCUGAGUGCCUCUAUGGACCAGACUAUCCUCUUAUGGGAGUGGAACGUGGAGAGAAACAAGGUGAAAGCCCUGCAUUGCUGCAGAGGCCACGCUGGGAGUGUGGACUCCAUAGCUGUUGACGGCACAGGAACUAAAUUUUGCAGUGGCUCCUGGGAUAAGAUGCUAAAGAUCUGGUCUACAGUCCCUACAGAUGAAGAAGAUGAAAUGGAGGAAUCCACAAAUCGACCAAGAAAGAAACAGAAAACAGAGCAAUUGGGACUAACAAGGACGCCCAUCAUGACCCUGUCUGGUCAUAAAGAAGCAAUUUCCUCGGUUUUGUGGUCAGAUGAUGAAGAAAUCUGCAGUGCAUCCUGGGACCACACAAUCAGAGUAUGGGAUGUUGAAUCUGGCAGUCUUAAGUCAACCUUGACAGGAAAUAAAGUAUUUAAUUGUAUCUCCUACUCUUCACUUUGUAAACGUUUAGCAUCUGGAAGUACAGAUAGGCAUAUCAGACUGUGGGAUCCCAGGACUAAAGAUGGUUCUUUGGUGUCACUGUCCCUAACCUCACAUACCGGCUGGGUCACGGCAGUAAAGUGGUCUCCUAUCCAUGAGCAGCAGCUGAUUUCAGGUUCUUUAGAUAACAUUGUCAAGCUGUGGGAUACAAGGAGUUGUAAGGCUCCUCUCUAUGAUUUGGCUGCUCAUGAAGACAAAGUUCUAAGUGUGGACUGGACAGACACUGGGUUUCUUCUGAGUGGAGGAGCAGACAAUAAGUUGUAUUCCUACAGAUAUUCACCUACCUCUUCCCAUGUGGGGGCAUGAAAGUGAAUGAUAAACUUGACUACAGAGAUUCUGUAAAUGUAAUUGAUAGAGAAUCCUCAGAUUACAUCAGUGCAGAUCACCCUUGAUAAUAGUUAUUACUUUCUUUUUCUUUAUUUUGUAUUUAUUGUAUAAUAGUGUGCAUUUAUAAAAUAUAAAAUGUGGCUUGCAUUCUCUACCUUAUGUAAACUCUUGAAAUAAAACCGAGUUUAUUAUUUCUUUUUAAAGGUAUUAGUUUGAAUUAAGAUUUUCUUUUGAAAUGCUAUAAAAGCAUAUAUUAAAAAUACAGUACUUG